CAUCACUAGCAGAGGCUCAUUGCCAUCCCACAGUGUAGGACGGACGACAUCCUAAACUGAUUCAGUUCGCCCAGCAUGUCUUUCGUCACCCGCCGCGCUCUCUCAACUUUGAUCCCGCCCAAGGUGGCAUCGCCAUCUGGCAUUGGUGCUGCUCAGGAUGCUGCUCGUAUGCAGCGGGUCGUAAGCUUCUAUGAGAAGCUCCCUCGUGGCGCUGCACCUGAGCCCAAGCCUAAGGGUCUUCUGGGAAGAUACCAGGCCCGUUACUUCGGAAAGAACCCUUCCGCAGCUCCCAUUUUCCACGUGAUCGCCGGUAUUCUCUUCCUGUCGUACGCCAACGAUUACUACUUCCAUCUCCGUCACCACAAGAACAAUGCUCAUUAAAUUCGGGAUGCGUUGUAUGUAGAUAGACAACCUUCGACCGCGGGAUACUCGAUUCAGAAGCAUGUCUGUACGGUAGAAUCCGAAGUUAUCAUUUCUGACAGUCU